AUGAAUUUGUCAGCAGCAUCUCAAGUACUUUCGAAAAUUAACGAACUAUCUCGAAUCGAUGCUAGCAAGUCGGGUGAAACAAUCAAAUAUGCUCUUACGAAAUUACUUUCGGAUUGGUGUCAAGUUCUCGCUGUAGCUGAACAUGCAACAGACGAUGAACUAUUUUUCUUAAACACAAGUCGUGCUACCCUAUCCGAAUGUUUUACACUUACAUUGGUGAAAGAUUUUUACGACACUGAUCACGAAUUUACCCGUUACGUGCUUCGCAUUUGUCUCGAACUUCUCACUGAUUAUGUCAAUGUGUUUGUCGAUCAAAAUUCCACGUUUUUCGUCUCAAAUAUAUGUCUUAUUAUGUUAAUUUCAUCGACAAUAAGUUCAUCUCUAACGUGUGAAGACAUUGACCUGUUCACUGAAAAUGAAAUUCACCUACUCGAUGUCAUGCGUCAGUAUGUGGACAAAGAUUUGACACACGAUAAUUUAACAGAUGGAAUCUUAUCAUUUAUUUGGAAUUUAACAGAUAAUACAAUGCUCGUGCCUCUAUUUUUAAAAACCGGCUAUGCAAAAAGUAUCAUCGAUUGGAUUAGAACUUGCCGAAAGAAGUUUCGAGAAGAUAAACAAAUCGCUCUGUUAUCAAUUCUCGUUAAUAUCUUACGACAUGAUGAUGGAAUUGAUGAAUUUAACAAGUUCGACACAAUGAAUGCGAUCGAGAAUAUACCAAACGAAUCUGAUCAGUUCGUACAACGUUCUAUGAUCGAUUUUCUUCUAAAUGGCGUUCAACACAUGAGAUUCGAUUCGAUCAAAAUUCUGGAUGAACUUUUUCGAUCGAUUAUCAACGCGAGUAAAGAUAGCAAAUAUCGUUGUGUUGGCGCUCACAUUUGUGAGCUGUUAACAGCCCUGACCAAAUUGCUGUACAAUGAUAAGAUCCUUGUUGAAUUUCUGUGUAGAACGCGAGUCGAACCCUUGAUGACAACAGAUAAGAUCAUCGAAUUUUUUACUUCGAUUUUGACAGAGUUCUACCCGAAUCUAUCUUUGGAGAAUAAUCCGUUGAAUAAUUUUACUUGCGUUCUUCUGUUCAAUGUCGUUUGGCGUAUUUCCUGUCAUGAAGAGUAUCGUUCAAUGAUUCCUACAGACGAAACAUUGAUGAAUAUUGUGAAAAGUGCAGCAAAUAACGAAAAGAUUUCGAAUGAUUCAUUUAUGCCACGAACGAUGAAAAGUAUGCAAGAAGCAGCUAUGGAAAUUCAAACAAUCCUAUUUGAUAAAAAUUAG